CGCGGCUUCCUCAACUUUGAAAAGUUGAGGGAACUGCCGUUGUCUCGACUCCCUUGUUGCAGAUCGCCGUCAAAUACCGGCCUCUCAGCUCUCGCCAUGGCUCGCUCGGUGACAGCAACAACAAAUGGCUUUUCUUCCAAGGGGAAGGUGACCGCCAAUGGCAAGGCCAACGGCGUCGCCAGUGCAAACGGUGCAGCGGUCGCCGGGGCCGAGUUCGACGAGGCAAAGUACCGCGAUUUCUUCUGGACCUACACCGAGGAGCCGCAUCGGACAAGACGGCUCGCUAUUAUCAAGGCCCAUCCAGAGGUCACCAAGCUCUGUGGGCCGGAACCUCUGACCAAAUACGUCGUCGCCGGCGUGGUGGCUCUCCAGCUGCUGCUCGCCCACUUCCUGCGGCAUACAACCUUCUGGUCAUGGAAGUUCUGGGCAGUCGCCUACGUCCUUGGCGCCACAUCAAACCAGAACCUGUUCCUUGCAAUCCACGAGAUCUCCCACAACCUCGCCUUCCGGUCGCCCAUGGCCAACCGCCUGUUUGCCAUCUUUGCCAACCUGCCGAUCGGGGUGCCAUACAGCGCCUCGUUUAGGCCUUACCACCUCACCCACCACAAGUCCCUCGGCGUAGACGGCCUUGACACGGAUCUCCCGACGGCGCUCGAAGCCCUGUUCCUCGACUCCAUCCUGGGCAAAGCCUUCUUCUGCACCUUCCAAAUCUUCUUCUACGCCAUCCGGCCCAUGACCGUCUACCGCGUGCCCUUCACCUGGGUGCACUGGGUCAACCUGGCUGUCCAGUUUGUCUUCGACUACGCCCUCGUUUUCCUCCUCCCCGGCUAUUUCAGCGCCAACUCCCUCCUCUACCUCUUGCUCUCCUCCUUCCUCGCCGGCUCGCUGCACCCGACCGCCGGUCACUUCAUCGCCGAGCAUUAUGUCUAUGAGAAGAUCGAGCCCGCGGCGCGCCGACCGGGGAAUAACAUUCCCAUCCCCGAGACGUUUAGCUAUUACGGUCCGCUGAACCUGCUGACGUACAAUGUUGGUUUGCACAACGAACACCAUGAUUUUCCGGCUAUUCCCUGGACGAGGUUGCCGGUGUUGCAUCAGAUGGCGAAGGAGUUCUAUGCCGAUUUGCCGCAUCACCGCAGCUGGACGUAUGUUCUGUGGCGGUUUAUAUUCGAUGAGGAGGUGGGGAUGCGGUGUCGGGUCAAGAGGAAGCAGGGCGGGAGGGUUGUGGGUGGGGGCACAGCGGUGGUUAUGGAGGCGGGGUGGAAGGAGGAGGAGGUUGAGGCGUAA